GCAUAAAGACUGGAAACAUGAAGCAAUGCUAACUUAGCUUAGCAUAAAGACUGGAAACAUGAAGCAACGCUAACUUAGCUUAGCAUAAAGACUGGAAACAACAGCUACUUGACUAAAAAAACGUAUUUCCACAUCAAUGCAUCUGUAACAAGACAUGUUGUUGUUAUUGUUGUUGUUGUUGUUAGUAGAUGGACCUCCCAGCUGCUCCAGUUUGACCACUAAGGAGCUGCAGCAGAACUGGAGGGCCGUGAAGAAGAGAGAGCGACCCGCCAGGCUGCUGUUUGAGGUCCCCUCGACUCGAGUGGUCCAGCACCGCCUGUCCAGAUACGUGGUGUACCAGGUUGUGGUGAUGCGCUCCGGCAGCUUCGAUUCCCGCCGCGUGUCCGUGGAACGCCGUUUCAGAGACUUUUCUCGCCUCCACCACAAACUGCAGGAGGAGUUCUCCGAGGAGCUGGAGGAGGUGGCGCUCCCCCGGAAACUCCUCACCGGGAACUUCAGCCCCGACGUGAUCUGGGAGCGCCGCCUCGGCCUCCAGGACUACCUGGCCCGGCUCUACGCCGCGCGCUGCGCUCGCCACUCGCCUCACUUCCCGACCUUCUUCACCGAGCAGGAGCAGCGGCGAGCGCACGGCCUCCUGAGGGCUGGCCGGGUCCGGCUGGCUGCGGAGCAGCUGCAGGCGGUUCUGGAGGUGCAGGAGAAGCUGCUCCCGUGGCAGACCCCCGCCCUGACCGUGCCCACCCUGGCCGCCCUCGCCGUCUGCUACCGGGACCUGGAGGAACCGGACCGGGCCUUUGCCGCCGCUCAGAGAGCUCUGCCGCCGACCAGACGCUACGGGCCGCCGCGCUACAGGGCCUCGCUGCUGGACCUGCUGGUGGACCUGGGCUACCGGCUGGGCCGCCCGGUGGCUCAGCUGCAGCAGGAGCUCACGGGGCUGAGGGACGCCGAGGGGGGGGAGGGGUCCUCCCACUCCCUGAAGGAGCUAGUGGUCCAAGAGUUCACCUGAGUCUGAGGGGCUAGUGGUCCAAGAGUUCACCUGAGUCUGAGGGGCUAGUGGUCCAAGAGUUCACCUGAGUCUGAGGGGCUAGUGGUCCAUGAGGUCA